UUCUAUUUUCUUAUACAACGUUACAGCUUUUUAGGCCAAAAAGCAGUCAAAAAUUUGCUCGCAUUAAGGAAGUUUUCGUUUGCAACUCAUUAGUCAGAAGCAACAACACAAUCGCAUACGUUACCCAACCAGAACUGCAGCUUUUCUUCAGAUCCCUUCCUAUCUCUUCUACUCUUAUCUUACCCGACAACCUCCUCGAAAUCAACAACUAACGAACCCUCCUUAGGUCCGACCCCAUCAAAGCUCUCACGCAGCCACAACUCCUUAACACACUCUCUCUCUCUCUCUCUCUCUCUCUCUCUGUUCAAAUUCAUUCGAAAAAUGCGAUUUUUAAGAAGAAUAGCAGGCAUAUUUGGGUUGCUGAAAGACGAUGCUCACGAUGCUCACGAUGAAGACGAUGAUGCAGAUGAGCAUCAUAAUCGUGAAAAUAAGGCAGAAACUCGUCGACCCACGAAAGGGUUUAGUGUUAAGGCUCCAGUUCCCGUCGAUAGAGCUUACUUGGGUCCCGUUCUUACCCCCUGUGAUCUCAGCGAUGGUGGAGUUCAGGGCAUGAGAUGGUUUGCAAAACGGCUGAGGAUAGAUGAAGAUGGGGAUGUUGCCGAUGAGUUCCUUAAUGAGGUCUUACCAGAAGUGCCAUCUGGUAUGGUGGAUGAACAUAAACCACUACCGUUACCAAAGUUUGAGGUGAAAUACAACGCACGACCGGCUAAGGUGAGGAAUCAAUUCAUCGCCAUUGAUGGAAGAAUCAACCAGAGUGUGGAGUUCCAGGGAAGAUUGCUUUUGGUGUAGAGAUUUCAGAAAAGCAAUCAGCUAUUCAUCUGGGGAUGGAUUCUCAUCUGUUUAGCAUCAAGGGUGCAAUUUCUAAUUAUUUUUAAAGUGCUUAUUUCAAUUAAUUAUGUUUCUUGAGGACUUGGGGUUUGUACUAUAUCAAGUAAUUGAUGCAAAGAAUCAAGAAUGUUGUCCAGCUGAACAUCAGCUUUGGAUAUUAGCUACUCAAUGAGAAAUGUAUAUGCCACAAAAAUUUCAACAAAAUUCUGUUUAGUCA